GUACCUUUUAUUCCAUUCCCAAUGCCCUCCGUUAGUCAUCGACGCAUCGUCGCCAUUGACUUGGAUGACACCUUGUCUCAUACUAUUGAAGCUCUUGCAGCCUGGCACAAUGAUACAUACGAAACUAAUUUGAAGCAUUCGGACUUCCAUACUCAAAAUCUAUGGGAAGUUUGGGGUGGGUCCCGAGAAGAGGCAUGCCAAAAGGUGCGAGAGUUCUAUACUAGUAAGCACUUUUUGGACUUACAGCCCAUCAAUGACUACGCAUUGGAAUCCCUUCGAAUGCUGAAGCGUAGACGAUUUUCACUGGUCAUUGUCACCUCAAGGCAACAAUUGGUAGCCGAAGAAACGAAACGUUGGGUUGACAAAUGUUAUCCAGGCGUCUUUGAUUCAAUUUACUUUUGCAACUUGUAUCUAACCCAUGCUGAGCAACAAGACUUGAUAUCCAAGCCGAAAUCUGCCAUCUUACGAGAAAUCAACGCAGAAUUACUGGUCGAAGAUUCGCUCGAGCACGCCUUGGAAUGCGCACAAGUCGGCGUUCCGGUCCUGUUAUUUGAUCGUGAAGGUAGCUACGGAUGGAAUCAUAUCAACAUUGAAGGCAAAGGACCACAGGAAUCCGACGCUAUGAUCCUUCCUCGCAAUGUCACUCGGAUAAAAACCUGGAAGCAAGUGAUUGCCCACUUUCCCAAACCUGCCAGCCCUCUUCGGUUCUGCUGGGUUCCUAGCGACUUUGUCAAUUCCGACGACGAAAGUGACGACUUGGACACCGUCAAUGUGGACGACAUGUCAGAUGAUGAGCAGUAUGGCUCAGAAGGUGGCGACGAGUGGGCCAAACCGAACUCACGCGAGCUCAUCUGGGCCUAAUAAUGCUUCCACCCCCUUUUUUCCUGCCCAUUUUAUUAAUGCUUUUUGUGCAAUGUACCAAUACUCCUUCCCUCAUAGACUCACACUCCACCGACAAACAUAUUCCUCCAUUUCGGCAAAGCAACUUGCCACCCCCUAUUCACUUUUCGACUGUAUAUGUGAACAUUUCUUUUUGUUUAAAUAUUGCUAUAAUUACCUUUUUUUCCCCAUCUUCCCACCCCCCCCCAGCAUUUUCAUUCUUGGCCACAGCAUUCUUGUGGCCGACUGUACCAGUAAAAACCAAAAAAAAAAAAUAAAGAAGGAAAACAUAGGCCGAUGCAAAAGCAUCACCUAAAUAAUAC